GGAGAGAGAGAUGGAGGGGGAGAUAUGCUAAAAGAGUGAUAAAAUCCCAGUGAUAUGUAUCUUAUAUUUAACCCUACCAGUCAUGAGAUUUUACAACUGCAGAUGGCUUUGCUGCAUCCCAAUAGUUGUGUUAUUAAGAAAGCUUGCAUUAUAAAGACAAUUAAGUCAUUCCAGGGGCAAAGAGGGCUGUGGGCGAGAGAGUUUAUAACUAAGUUUCAAUAACUAUGAAUCUAUUUUGUUACUGCAAGCUAAAAAAAAAAUAACGGCUGUACAUUACAUUAUUCAAUGGAGUAUGGUGUAACGCCAAAGAGAACUUCAUUUGCAAAACUACUCAAGUCAUUCCACAAAACAUCCAUUACCAGAAUGAAGUCUUUCCUGUGAGAAUGUUAUCUUCAUCCAUCUACUCAGUUGCCUGAUGUUUUCUUCUCAUGGGAUAAUAGAGAAUUUGUAAUUUAGGAAAGAAUCCCUUGGUUGGAUUUGGUUUGUUUGCCUGGACUCGUAUGAAUCGACUUAAAAAGAAAAUGGAACAUUCAAGAGGUGCUGGCAAUGUGCAAGCAGAUGCAGAUGAAGAUAGAAAUAGUGUUUUGCUAUUUUCAGAUAAUGAGAAUGGGGCUAAACAUUUGCAAAAGACUGCUCGAGUGAAAACAGUUACUAAACAAGCCGUCUCCAGCACAGAUCACAUUGGUCAAGCUAUCCAAAUUUGUUCAAGCGAUAGCUCAGAUACAAUAAACAGCUUAUUCAAGACACAGUCUCAAUCCGCACCGGUGGCCAAUAAGAGGAGGAAAAGUACAAGAACACCUUCAACCAGGUUGGAUGUCACAUGUCAAAAUCGACUUGAUUCUGAGAUCUCUGAUUCGGAUGACGAUCAAGGGUAUCCAAGCAUCUUGAAAAAUGGUAAAGUAAAAAGACAGCAACGGUGCAAGGCAUCCACAAGCAGCCAUGGCCCUAAGAAACCUGCCCAGCGAAGAGGAAGGCCCCAAUCAUCCACAACUACAGCGGGGAAGAGGAACAAGUUGAGGGACCGGGGGCUUGAGUUUUCAUUUGUGGAACAAGAAUAUGGAACAAAGGAUUUGCCAUUUAAGAUGAUUUAUGCAUACGAGCAAGCGGCAUUGUGUGGAUUAUUUGAUUACAUGAAGGAGCUAAAAUGUCAAAACCACCUCAUAACAUCCUUAAAAAAUAUAGAUGUGGACUGUACAGAUAGAGAGAGUGGUCCAACCAGACAAUACAAGUACCUGGAUGAGAAUGGACCACUUUCUCCCAUAUCAGAAAACAGUGAUGAAACCUGUAUUGAAAACUUGGAAAUCGAAGAGGCUAUUGAUGUAAAAAUUGUGGAGAACAGCUGCUUCAUAGUAGAAAAGCCUGAAAAAAAGAAAAAGCGCUUGAGGAAAAUGCAUUGCAAUGGAAAAAAUAAAAGGCGACAUGUAAAGAGCAGUAAAAAUAAACACAAGCAUGAAGCCAAGGGUAAAAGUAAAGACCAUGUUAAACAUAAACAGGAAACUGUUGAAGAAAAGAACCAUGUGAUACAAAAACUCCCACCGCAUGUGCCUUUUAAGUUGAAAUCAAGCAAGAUCACGAAGGGAAAAGUAGCAGACCAAACAGCUGUUGAUCCUUGCUGCCUACAGAACACCAGCAGGCCAUUAGAUAAACAAGCGGAUGAAGAAAUGGAGACUACACUUUCUCGGAAGAAAAGCAAAUCCAAUAAAGACUCAAAAAAGAUUACGGGACACAGGAAAAAGCACUUAGCAUCGCAAGAAGAGAAUGUUCCAGAAAGUGCAUUAACAAUGUGCCAGAAAGUCCUUUGCAAUGGCACCCCUCAAAGUAAUAUUUCGCAAGAGAGGAACAAUUCUGCGGAACAAGCCAACAAAGGCGCAAAAUUAUCAUCAAAGUCAGUUCUAAAAAAGAAGCAUAAACUCUAUAAUGGGAACGGUUAUUUCACUGGUUCAUCAUUGUAACAAGGGUAGUUUAGGGUUUUGUAAUAAGGGUAGUAAUUUUACCUGGUCCCCAUCCAAAGCUUUUAUUUAAGAAUGAAUACUAUAACAUCUCAACUGUGUUUUAUAUAUGUAUGGCACAUUUUUAUUUCAUUAUCCAGGCCAAUAUUGGAUUGGGAGGAGACACAAGGAACUAUAGAUACUAGAAUCUUGAGUGAAAUACAAAAAGUGCUGGAGUAACUCAGCGUGUCAGGCAGCAUCCGUAGAGGGGUUGAAUAGUUGACCAUUUGGAACGAGCCCCAUCUUCAGACUGAUUGUGGUCUGGGUGUGAAAGCUGGAAAUGAGGUGGUGCAGGUCAAAGCCUGAUAAAAGGACAAAAAGUGCCGGAGUGACUUAGAAAGUCAGGCAGCAUCUCUG